UACUCCGUCUUUCUAUAGUUGCAGCUACAGUUCCAACUGGAUUGAAAACCAUAUACUAAUGGGGCCUUUAACAUAUAGAUUCAAACAUAAGGGCGGAAUGUAUAAAGGAUAUCCGUUAUUUUAAUACAGCAUUUAUAUUUAGCAUUUCGAAGUACACUCGGCCGAUUAUUUUAAGCGCAUCUUCAACUUAAUACAUCAAUAAUAAUGUUCUGCAGAAACCAAACUUCCAGAGCCACAGUAGCCCGUGGAUCCGCAAUGGAAAUGGAGGUGAAGAGGGGACGAUUCCGGCUGAGCGUGCUGGAAGAUUCCGCACAGGACUGUGAGGUCCACAAACAGAUUGAGAGGGAGGUCAGGAUCAGAGAAGGGGCUUGUAAGCUGUUAGUGGCAUGUUCUCAGAAAGAUCAGGCUCUGGAGGCCUCCAAGACCCUCCUCACCUCUAACAGCUGCAUACUAGCACUUAUGAGCCAGCUGCAACGCAUGAAGGAAGCCCAGGCCAUGAAGAAAGCUGGACGCAGGUCAUUUGAUGGUGGGGCUCUUGAUGAGAGAUUACCUUGCACAGGAAAAUUAGCCAUUUCAGAUAUCCGCAUUCCUCUUAUGUGGAAAGACUCUGAAUACUUCAAAAACAAAGGAGAGCUGCACCAGUGUGCUGUGUUCUGUUUGCUGCAGGUGGGGACAGAGAUACACGACACAGAUCUUGUAAUUGUGGAUAGGACGCUCACAGACAUCUGUUUCGAUGACACAGUGAUAUUCUCUGAUGUACCUCCAGGCUUUGACCUGCGGGUGGCGAUGUACAGCUGCCGUGUGGAGGAGGAUCUCAGUAUGGGCUUCUCCACCUGGAGGUUGAGCCGUCUCGGAAGCUCUGUUACACGCGCCUCCAGUAAGAAAUUCAUGGCAACUCUGGAGACCGCAACUUCCUGCAGUUCCCACAGCAGCGGGGCAGGAUCUGUGGGAGGGGGGUCAUCUGGAGGAGGGUCUCCGGUCCUGCUACCUGCCAUUUCUGUGCAGGGCCCUAAAUAUCAGCUCCUGGCCCACACAUCACUGACCCUGUGCCAUGUACAAAACUCUUUCCGAACCCAUGACCUGACCAUAUCUGGUACGGAGGACUCUUCAUUCUGGUUGCCACUAUAUGGUAAUAUGUGCUGUCGACUCGUAGCCCAGCCUCUCUGUAUGACUCAAGAGGUCAUGAGUGGACAACUCAGAUUUCGGCAAUCAGAGGACAAUCCAGAGGACUGGAGAGAUGUCUAUGGUGUCCUGAAAGGGACUGAUUUAAAGUGUUACCAGCAGCAAGAUGAUACUGAAUCUUCAGAGAAACCAUUGUUCACUAUUCCAAUUAAUAAGGACGCUCGUGUGCGUGCCACAGACAGAGAUCCGGCAUUAAAUACCCAAAGUAUCACUAUAAUUUACCAGUCUGCUGAUGAGACUACAUACACGCUUCUCAUGCAAACGUCUCAAGACACACACAGCUGGAUGGAAGCGUUCUGGCAGCAUUUCUAUGACAUGAGCCAGUGGAAACAGUGUUGUGAUGAGCUCAUGAAGAUUGAGGAGCCGUCUCCACGGAAACCAGUAGCGGUGACAGUGAAACAGGGCUCUUUGUAUCAUGAAAUGGUUACGCCAUCAACCAUGCAGACCAGAAACCAUCUGCUACCCCUGAACAGACCUGUCUCUUCAGAAAUCCAAACCCUGUUGUCCACCUAUUAUAAUGACAGGUGAUACGAAUUAAACUUGUAUACAAACACGUAAAUUAAUUAAAACAAACAAAACAGUGCUGGCAUGGAUAACGCCCUCAUGUGCACUCCAAAGAGACGUGCGUUUCAGAGUAAACUCUUCUACAACAUGUACCAAAUAACCUCAAAUCAGAUAAAGCAUGCAUUGUGAUUGUACACUAUGUACUUAGUGACCUUUGAAUAAGUUCCAGGCAUCCAUGUUAAUUUUAUGCUCAGGAGUGGCAUAAUCACAUGUGAAAUCAUAUGAACUUUCAUUUGUAUCAUAUAAUCUCACUGAAUACAAUAAAAAGGUGAAAUGUGUU